AUGGAAGAUCUCUUCAAGCCAAUCAAGACAACUCGCAGAGUCCAACACAACAUUGAAAAGUUCGAGACUCUUUCCUUGAGACAUGCUUCAACCCCGAGACCUGCAAGCACAAAAUCCAAUAUCUCGAUCGUCGACCUGAGUUCUGAAAGUAGUGAUGUUGUGAGCGAGCCAUUCAGUCUCCGGCCAUCAAUUGACUCAGCAGCAACCACUUUGUCUGCCCAGUCCACUCACAGAAAGCACAAACGCCAUGAUUCCACCACCUUUCUCAAUAAAUCAUAUCUAAACCAAUCUUCAACGAGGACAUUGCCGGACGAUGCUCAAGCAAUUCUGAAGAGCCAGCCAGAUCGCGAAGACUUGGUGGCUGUCCUCCAAUAUCUUCAGUAUGGCGUUGAUGGCAAGCACGAUUUCAACAUACGACUGCCUGGACCCAAAGCGGCUCAAAUUGUCCACAUACUUGUCACCAUCACGAUUCCAGAUCAAUGGCUACAUCUUCGCGGUCGCGACCUUUCCGACCCAGAUGCACAGUUGAAGAGGCUGAUGAUUACUCCGCUUGUAAGUGUUGCGGGCAUAGGAGCCCUGUUGAUGCAGAUUCGCCGCCAUUCCUCCGCAGCUCCUACCGACGAAACUCCCGUCUUAGAGGAUGCAAUAUCGAUCCUAGCAGCAAUACUCGAGCGCCACUCCGUAGUGCGUCGUUUCAUGUCAGACUUAAGCACGUUCUUCACGACUGAUACACCUCGUCGAGUAUUCUGGCAAGAAGUGACUUCUCUUCUGGCCGGCAGUAAGAUUUUCAUGACGAUGGCACAAAUAUUUGCGACCGUCCCGACACUCAGAGAUCGGAUCCCUGAGUGCGUAUGGAUUGGAGAUGGCACAGAAUAUUCCAAGUGGCUGUCUAGAAAUAUUUCCGCAACAGCCAUUGACCUCAGCUCUGGUGUUAGUAUGGUCAAUGGGACACUCAGCAUGUUGGGCCAGGUCUUCAAGCGAGGCUUAAGUUUGGGUUAUCAAGAUGCUUUUAUUAGCCAGCUCUACACCACCCUCUUAUUUGGCCAGCGGGCCUUGUGGACGACAUUGCACUCGUUGCUCAAGACUCUUCCAGAAUACGAUCAGAAAGCUGUCUUUGAUAUGAUUCUCCGAGAUAUGACACGGAAAUAUUUGCAAACUAGCAGCACCAUUCUGACCCAGGCUCUGUCACUGCCCGUUGAUGCUGCUACAAUCGGUGGAAUGGCAGCUAUGAUAAAUGGCCUUGUUCAAAACAACAUCCUUCUGGAGGCACAUCUUACACACUGGUUAACAAGCACUAAUGGGGAUUAUGCUGGUCUUGGCCUUGGGGCUCGAAGAGCGGUCAUUGUAACGUUAGCCCAGAAGCAAGAUAACUUGCAAAAAGUUCUCCAGAAAUGUCUGGUCAGUUUUGGGAAUAAGAUUCAGAUCCAGCAUAAUUCUAUUCUUCAACAGGAGUCGGCGACGCAAACGAUCUUACUCACGGCUGGCUACCUCCACCGGUCAAAUUCAGAAACACUUAAGCAAAUAUCAGGCUCCGGAGAUUUCUUGCACAUGGUGUCCAAUCGUCUUUCUGCUUCCGUUCCCCGUGCUCGAUUCCUUGGCAUGAUUGUUGCUACUGCAGUUUCCAAGCUUGUAGACAAGCCUGACAAGGUUAUGGAUUUUGGAGUCGACGAGAUGGAUAGUGAAGAAGCCCAUGCUUGGCUUGAUCUGGUCAACGUUGUUGACAAUGUCGGCGAUUUGAAUGACCUAAAGAAGGCGGCAACAAUGACGUUACCAAAGGUUGAGAAAAGGCGAUCUCCUAGCACAAUUACCCGGCGUCCUUCGAAGCCAGUCCAACACAGCACUAAAAUCAUUGCUAUUGAAGAGAUACUUGAUUCUGAUAAAGAAAAUCCUAGCUCAGAGGAGGAGGACCACCCCGAAUUGCGUCCAUACGGUCGUCCGGAUAGCGAUCCAGAAGAUUCUGAUGAAGAUCCAACCCUCGUAAACCGCAACAAGCCAUCAGCUCCAGUAUACAUAACAUCGCUCAUCAAACAACUUAACGUCAGCGACGACCUGUCUACUACGGAGCUCGCCCUAAAGACAGCACCGUCUCUAAUACGUCGCAAGGCCAAUUUUGGUAACGAGCUCAGUACGAACCUGCUGCCUCUAGCCGCUUCUCUUCUGAACCUUCAAGAAGGGAUGUCCUCUAACGAACUACAGCGGCUAAAGGUCGAAGCAUUGAUUGCUUGCCUGGUGUCAAAACCAGGGAUCAUGGGCCCUUGGGUUGCGAGCAUGUAUUUCGAAGGGGACUUCUCCCUAUCCCAAAGAGCAGCCCUGUUGGCGGCUGUUGGGCUGGGGACUCGGGAGCUCGCAGGCUAUGAUGAUUUUUCAGCGCAAAACCUCUCGGGAGACUCCACUGCCCUAUCAGCCUUCCCUUCAAAUCGCCUCCCACCCAAACUAGAUACCUUGUAUGCUAGUGUCGCCUCUCCUGUUUCCGCGAUCUCAACAGUUCUUUCCCACCGAACACUCCAACCGAUGGCCCUCGAAGCAGCAGACAAGCUCACAGGUCCUGACGUUCUCAAAGUCCGCACGUUCUCAUCACGCAUGGAAGUGCAGAAAAAGGUAGCUGCAAAAGCCGAGGCUCGCUCUAAGCGAAUUCCGAAAGACUUGCAUAAGGUCCUCGCAGAUGCCAUUUACCUCCCACUUUGUACACGCCUAACACUAGUCUUGUUGUCCUUGUCGACUUCAACGUAUCUAGCGAACUCGACUUUGUUGCAUCCGGGUCUUCUGAAACUAAUCCUUCAAACACUAGCCAUCAUCAUUUCGACUUUGGGCCCUCAUGCACUGCAGCUGCCUGUUGUCACCAGGGAGACUCUCAUCCUUCUCACGCAGCUCCACAGCAUUCCUACAUUGGCACAUGAUCCAAUCAUACUGCCGACGAUCCUGCAGCUUCUACUCACCAUAUUGGACCUGAAUGUCGAGGCUGGGAGCACGGCCGAGGAGAGACUCGUGACAGAACUUGGAAGCAUGAUAGCUGAGCUCAUCUCGUGGUCUAGCAGCCUUGGAGAGCGGCUGUCAAUUCCUGAAGUCGAUGCUGGUGAUAGUGGGGAGAUGCCAUGGCCAUUGCUGGUAGCGGGCAUCCAGGUCAAAUGGCAGGAAGUCGGAAGGAAGUUUCAAGGAAGGAUGCUGGGAUUGUUGGCAGGGACCGACUUUGAUUCUUUUUGA